AAAAAUCACAAUGAAGUUAAAUUUGGCAGAGUUUACUUAAAUACUACUGGUGUCUUUUUGUGCUGGAUAAUGUUAAAUUCACCAUUUACAGUAUUUUGGAGGAGAUUUAAAAACAUUAAGAUAAUUUGCUUAUCAGGAUAAUGUAUAAAACAUAUUGGUGAAUCAGUUAUAGGCCAUAUCACCCAGCCCUGUACUCGUUUGUAGUACAUGUAGUGUUCCGUGUUGGUUGCUAGUAUGUAGACUGUUGGCUUAUAAGUGGCUCAUUGUUACAGCGUUAAAUCUGGUGCUGCUGUAGCUUUGUGUUUCCAGGGACCAGGACAGCACUGGUUUUUGGCCCUGAACCAACACUGGAACCACAUUGGUGUCUGUUCUGGACAGACGAUGUGAAGCAUAAUCUCACUCGCUAAUGUUUAGAAACAAGUAAAAGUAAAUUUCCUGCAAUGGGGAUCAAUGGGGAAUGGGGUGUUUCCAGUAGAGAUGGUGUAAAUAAUCUGAGCAUGGAAGGCAAGGCAAGUUUAUCUGUUUAGCACAAUUCAAUGACAAAGUGAUUCAAAGUGCUUUAAAAAUGAAAGAGCUGGGUGUUAACUCAUUUCUUCAUGCAACAUUAGAUGAAAAACCUGGAGAUGGAGCCAAGAAAGGAGCUAAGAAAGAAACCCCCUCACCCAAGGACGUGCGCUUGAAGCUCCGGGAAGCUCUGAAGCAGCAACUGGCCAUUAUCCACGAGCGUGUGGAGGCAAAGAAGCUGGCCAAGCUGGCCCUGGCCGAGGUCAGGGAACUGCUGGUGAAGGAGGAGGAGGAGAAGGAGCUGGAGCUGGGGAGGAAGGAGAUAUCAGCCCGAGUGAAGGAGAGAGUGGCCACGAGGCUGAAGGAGGAGGAGGAGAAGAUGGAGGAGGAGGAGAUGGAGAAGGCUCUGGAGAAACUACAGAAAGAAAAGGCUAAACAAGGCGAUGAGGACAAGGAAGAAGAAAGCAAGGAGAAAGAAGGGGAGAAGAAGCCAAAGAAAGGAGGGAAGAAGGAGGAGAAGGAAAAAGAAGCACAGAAUGAACAAAGAGGGAAAGAAAAGAAGAAAAGUAAAUCCGAUAGGGGAGGAAAGAAAUGAAGUCCGAGUCUUGUUUAUAACCAGAUGGAUGUCUCACUGGGAGGAGAACGUUAUUAAUUUACUGACUGGAUCAAUAAAAUCCCUGAUUGGACGAAGGAAUGAGUUCAUUUUAAAUAUCUUUCAGCUGUAAGUUGGGAGGGGAUGUGUAGAUGAAAUAACUCAUUUUAAAUCCGUUUUAAUGCUGGUUUCACAUGUAAAGCCUGACACAAACGAGACCGGAAGAUCUUCAGUUCUGGGACAUAAACAACCAGCAGCUUAACUUCUUACCAUCCACGUUUAAUUAUAACUAUAGAAAAUA